AUGCACCACAAUGAGUUGGGGCAGGGCGUUGUGGCCGACCCGCUGGAACUGCCCCUCAACGGCACGCUCAUCCUGGGGCAGGAACAAGACACGCUGGCGGGGGACUUCGCUCCCUCGCAGUCUCUGAGUCCUAAUGUUACAUCGGCUACGAAGGGAUCCAGUUUGGAUCUAUAUCUUGUCUUCGGUGUAUCGCUCGAUUCCAAUUUCUUCAACCUUUUCUUCAUGUCCCAAUAUAACUACGUCUUUGUUUACAUGAGCCAAAUUUGCAAUAUUCCUCGCGUGUUGCCCAAGAUUAUUUGCCUCGAUUUGGCUACUGUUGCCAAUCUUGGUUUCUACUUCUUCAACUUUUUCCCUGAGUUCUUUGAUUUUCAUUUCGUGGUAGCGUUGGCGGAGGUUGAAGGAGAAUUUACAGAGCAGAGGUUGACCCCCAGGAGGAGGCAGCAUCCAAGUAGGACGGUGACUCGCGGUAGUGUUGUAGAGGUUAAGAAGGUCGGAGGUCAUGAGCAAAGGGGGCGUUACCCAGGUCAGUACGGCGGCAAUGUUGCGGGCACGCCGCCCUACAACACUACAGUCCUCCAGGGUGACGUCGCGCAGGUGAGCGUGUGGGACCGCGCCCUCACCGCUGGCGAGGUGGAGAGCCUGGCCUUGUGUCGCGACGCUGGCCGCGGGAACGUCUUCAGCCUCGAUUCUUUCAACGUCGACGUCUCUGGCGAUGUGCCCGUCACCAGUACGGCCCUGAAGGAACUCUGUCGGACCAGCCCGCACUACUUGGUGCUGCCUGAAAAGCGGAGCGUGCCGAGUUCGCUGACGCAGUGCCACCUCUUGAACGCCACGAUGACUGCCCCGAACUCAAGUGAAGAGAACAGGCGCCUUCGAACUGCCCUCGUACCCUUCAUGUCCGCCUGCAGCAGCACGCCCUGGAAGUUGUGGCUGGGCGUCACGGAUGCGGAAAGCGAAGGCGUCUGGACUAAUCUCAACUCCGGAGAUGUUAUCGGCUACCAUAAUUUUGUGGCGCCAUUUCCCUAUGGUGGCACCGUUGAGAACUGCGCGGCGCUCUUCCCUGACGGUACUUGGGGGGACGCCAAAUGUGGCCUGAAAAAGUGUGGCGCCUGUGAGUUGAGACCCUCGGACUUUCUUCACCUUCGCGGGCUGUGCUUCGAAAACGAGCAUGAAACUCGAUUCCGCGUAGAAGGAUAUUACGGCGGAAGGCCAUUGUUUCGUGGCUAUUAUGAUCUGUUGAUACUGUGGGACAGCAAGUCCGCUCAGUGGCAGUUGAAAACGACCAACAACCGAACGCUGGCCUCGUACUCGCCUUCCGAUCUGGAAGAGUAUCCUCUCGGCGCCAGGACGUGGCAAGUGAGGAGCUUGGUUUGCGGGACUCACGAAGGGGGCUUCCUCCUGCUCAGCCUCUCCGCUUGCACGAAUCAUCAUUUCAUGUGCCGCUCUGGCAACUGCAUUGACCACCGGUACCGCUGCAACUUGCGCAAGGACUGUAGCGACGGCAGUGAUGAGGACGACUGCGGUGUGGUGGGAGAGGGCGCGGCGUACAGGCGUCACCUCCCUCCGCCGGGAGCCUUGGGCAGCGCCCCACUGCGCCUCACGCCGCGGGUCACGCUCAUGCGCAUCACCGCCGUCGACACCGUCAACAUGGCAGUUACAGUGGACUUCCAGGUACAGCUCAGGUGGACCGACUCUAGGCUGACCUUCAGUCAUCUCGAGAACACGAUGAAGGUCGUGACAUUGAGUCACGAGGAUUCUGACAAGAUCUGGCUGCCAAGAUACAGGUUCCUCAACCUGCGAUCCGGCCAGGUGAACCUCCUUCAGGAAACCAUUCAGGUGUCGACAGCCACCAGUCCUCAGCUUCCACAUUAUAAUGCUGUAAAAAUGGACCUCGUGUACCUCGGCGCAACCAAUCCGCUCACUAUCACGCAGGAUUACAUGGGCAGCUUCGCGUGUCCUUUCUCCUUUUUGUCCUUCCCCUUCAACAUCCAGACCUGCAGCAUCGACAUGCUCCUCCAGCCGACCUACGAAGGCUUUGUAGAAAUCUCCGUAAACAACCAAGAUGUGGCUUUUACUGGCUUGCAGGAACUGGCCUUCUUUUCCGUGGAGUCCACGAGAUACAGUCCCGAGUCCGGAGGGAGCCACCUAAGGGUCGAAUUCGAGCUUCACUGUUACGGAGGUGGGAUGGUUCUCGCCCUCUUCAUUCCGUCCCUGAUCCUGUUGGCUGCCAGCUGGGCUUCGCUAUUCAUACGGUGGGACGCCUUCCUGGAGAGGCUCAUCAUGGCCGUCAGCACGCUCCUCAUCUUCUAUCUGCUGCGUUUGACACUGAUGCAAUCCAUACCUUCUUCGAUGAUCAUCAAACUUAUAGAUAUCUGGUUCUUCUUCGUAAUCAUCAUAUUGUUCAUUAAUAUUCACAUUCAUAUUUUCGCAAAAGAGAAAAUAAAAAACGACUUCUCAUCUCAAAACAAACCCCUGUUUGUGAGACCAGCAGGUGGAGCUGUGGUCAUCGUACAGGACUCUGCGAAGUCGUCCCCUAUGAAGCUCCUACACUUAUACCGCGGCAUCAUCCUUCCUGCAGUUGUUAUUGUAUUCAACAUAGCAUUCUGGUCAGCCAUAAUCAUUCUGCGAUGAAUCGGACCUUAACUGAAUUCAUUUCUAGCAUUGUUAAAACAUUCUUAAAUAAUGUCCAUUCUGUGAUACAAUGACCUUGAACUCCAUACUCAUCAGCAGAAUAGACUUACAAAACCUAUUCAGUAACUCAUAAAGCAAAAAAAGUGAGGUUGAGUCUUUAACUUAACAAAGGAUCAGUAAUAACACACAUCCUCUAACUUUUCUCGUGUACUGCAAGUCCCUCUCCUAUUUUGCUCUCGCUUUUCUCUGGCACUCUCAAAAAAGCAUCACAUUAUCUGGAAACACUUCCUAGGGAGGUUCGAUUUGCUUUGUCACUAUCGACAAAACAGUCGGUAUAAUGAACACUAUUAUUCAUUCAAAUCCUUCUUUUUCUUUCAACUAAUGAUAUAUCAUAUUUACACACCACUUCGAUUUUCUCUGGCAUUCACUUUCUUGUCUUACUGCUCUUAUACUUCCAUUAAAUCCUUAUUUAACUUCUGCUUCUCAGUCAUAAUCCAUUUUGUCCUUCAUAUGUUCGUGUCAUUUCCAGUUCUACUUCCUUAAAGGCAAUCGAUAGUUCUCUCCUCUCUACUUUUAUAUGUAACUUCAUGGGUCCACACUCUGAGAAACAGUGUGCUGAGUUUACGCAAAGAGUGCAUAUUGCUUUCAUCCCCUUUGUCUUCCUUGUCCUCUGCAUGCCUCUCUUCAACUUUGUCCAUCCUCUCCCAUACAUGUUCUACACGGACCUCGUAAUCGCCAUCCUGUAUAGCAUGUCCUUUACUAUUCAAAAAAAUCCUACCCUACUUCUUCUUCCCCUGCCACUUAUAAAUCCACACUGUCCGUUAGCCACGGCACCCUUGACAGGUUCCUUUUUUGCUGAUGUGGCUGUAGUAGCAGUUUGUAACUGAAUUGCUGUUUCUUUGGUUUCGUUGUUUUCAUAUUGUUUCCUUCACAAACAUAAAGUGAUCCCAUCUCUUUCUCUUCUCCAUUUACAUCAGUUGAGGUCUUUAUUGCCUAAAACUUAGCAAUUCAGCUGCUGUUGUAUUGAUAUCUCCUUCUGUUCCUUCUGACUGACAUUCACCCUUAAUUGCAUGCACUCUCGCCCCUUUCAUGGAACUCCCUUAUUGUUAUCACCACGAAACUAAGCCUUAACAAUUCUUCUUCUUGUAAAGGUUAAUCUAUGACUAAAUAGUUUUGUAUAAAUGUAUAUGUGUGGUAACACUAUUGAAGUAUGGUGUCAUUAAUUGUAGAAAUUCUCCCAAAGCGGUUUUUGAAAGUCCAGAUAUAACCGAUUGAUGUUUUAUAUAUCCUGUAUAUACCAUACUCUGUAAUGAAUAUACUGCAUUUCAUUAAACUAACCCAUAAAAAUAUUAAUAUGUGUUGAUUCUUGCAAAUGUCACUUUGUAUAUUUCAUUUAUCAAAUUAUCAUACAUUUUGUUUAUGUCACAUGAACUUUGAGUUUCAUGUGAAUACUGGAGGGAGUAUUCUGGGAAAUUUAAAAUGUUAAACAUUUGGCCAUCAGCUGUAUUAGGAUUUUCUGUAAAUAAGCCAUCUUUUCACUUCAAGAUGUUUUUAAUUAACUCAAAAUCUCCUCACUUUUAUGUUCAUCUUCAUAGAUCAAUGUUAGCUAAUAACUAAAUAUCUUGUAACGAUAAUCAAGCAUGAAUAUUUCAAGACUCAAGACAUAUGAUCAGUACAUUAAAUAAAAGUGACAAAUCCUGCCAA